UCCUUGUGCUUGCGCAGCAGGCGGCGAAACCACUGAGCUAAAUCCCAGGCCCUCUUGAAUUUUUUUGAGACAAGGUCUCUCUUGUCCAUGCCGAGCUUGAACUCGUGGUCUCUCAGGCUCACCCUCCCAGAGUGUUGGAUUACAGGCAUGUGCUCAUGCUAUGUAGCAUGAUAUGUAGCAUACCAUGCUCAGCUAGUAGUUUUUAUUUGUAAAUCUGGGUAUAUUUAGGCACGAGAAGCACUUAUAUUUUUAUGUGAAUUAUUGUCAUAGGAAUUAUAUAGGGGGAACAAAGUAUUCUUUCUGUGUGUUGUUAUGUUAUUUAUUCAGAAUGAAUUAUUUUUACUUCCAUGUAGAGGAAUUUACAUAUUUUGAGUUAGAAAACCCCCACAUAUCUACACUAACUUGAAAGUAAGGUGUGUGUGCUUUUUUUUUGGUACCCGUAAUCGAACUCAGGGCCUCACACUUGCCAGGCAGAUGCUGUGCUGCUGAGCUACAUUCCUGGCCCAAAGAGUAAGUUUUUCCUGCAAAAAUUAUGACCAAUAAAUAGUUCAGAGCUGUCACCAGGUGUGUGGCAUGUACCUGUAGUCCCAGCUACUUGGAAGACUGAGGCUGGAGGAUCAUUUAAGUCUGAGCAUUCUGUACCAGCCUGGGCAGCAAAAGGAGACCAUCUUUAAAAAAAAGUUUAGAGUGGUCACUGUCUUUGCCUCUGCUAGCCUUUGAGACACUGAUAAUAAUGAGAACGUUACAGAUUAGAUAUAUAUUUUUCUAUGCUGUAUGUUAUAUCAUAACACUUUAAAAAUAAAAAUACAGUUUAUAAGGGAUUCAUACUUUUGUUUUGUUUUGUUUUGUUUUUUUGAGGCAAGUCCUCCCUACGUAGUUCAGGCUGGCUCUGAACUCACUAUGUACCCCAGGCAGGCCUCGAACUUGUGGCGAUCCUCCUGCCUCAGCCUCCCAAAUGCUGGGAUUACAGGCAUUCGCCACUGCCCCCAGCUUCAUACUUUUUAAUUGACGCUAGCGGGUCACUAAUCUGCUUUCUUCAGUAGUACUGUUUCCAAUUUGGAAGACAACUAGGAACCUAGAAUAUUUCAGCCAUGCUCUGAUUAAUCACACUUAUGUUUUUAUCUUUGUUUUCCUUUCCAUAGUGUAAAGUAUUUAUUGAGGUCUGUUUGAUCCUUCUCUUUUCUUCCUAAAAAAAGAAAAAUCUUAAGUUUCUUAGCUAGUGUGUUUUGUUUUGCUGAUGUUGUGCUUGUUUUGAGAUGGAGUUUCACUGUGUUGCCCAGUCUGGUCGUCAACUCCUGGGUUCAAGCAAGCCUCCCAUCUCAGAAAACAGAAGCCUUGAGGAUGUUUGAAAAAAAUGUUACCUGAACUUGCUGUUUCUUGGAUAUAAAUUGGAAAGCUAGGAAAAAUGAAUUUUCCUUUUCCUAGUUUAGAGUGCCUGGUGAUAUCCUGAGAGAAGAUGGGAAAGGGAUGCAAAGUUGUGGUUUGUGGAUUGUUAUCUGUGGGGAAAACUGCAAUUCUGGAGCAGCUCCUUUAUGGAAAUCAUAUGAUUGGAAUGGAAGAUUGUGAAACAAUGGAAGAUGUGUAUAUGGCUUCCGUGGAAACUGAUCGGGGAGUAAAGGAACAGUUACAUCUUUAUGACACCAGAGGCCUACAAGAAGGCGUUGAGUUGCCAAAGCAUUAUUUUUCAUUUGCUGAUGGCUUUGUUCUUGUGUACAGUGUGAAUAACCUUGAAUCUUUUCAAAGAGUGGAGCUUCUGAAGAAAGAAAUCGAUAAAUUCAAAGACAAAAAAGAGGUUGCAAUUGUUGUAUUAGGAAACAAAAUUGACCUUUCUGAGCAGAGACAAGUGGAUGCUGAAGUGGCACAGCAAUGGGCAAGAAGCGAGAAAGUGAGACUAUGGGAGGUAACUGUUACGGAUCGGAAAACUUUGAUUGAACCGUUCACUUUACUAGCCAGUAAACUUUCCCAACCCCAGAGCAAAUCAAGCUUCCCUUUGCCUGGGAGGAAAAACAAAGGAAACUCUAGCUCUGAAAACUAAAAAUCAGCAAUUACACAAUUGUUUGUUGAAUAGUGAUUGCCUGUAAUUGUGAAUACUGAGUAAGCUUAAUAUUUAAAGUAGGCCAUUUGUAUCUACCUUUGGCCUUUAAGGAAGCCCCUAAGUAAUUUAAUGGACUUCAGGUAAUAAUUAAAUUAUGAAAUUAUCAGACUAGUAAGUUUGUUACUGCUUAGUAUGCAAUAUAUUCUCAUUCUCUUUUGAAGCCUAUCCCUGAAACUGGCACCUGUCAUUUAUGUUGUAGUUGUUAAAACAGCAAAAUAAAAUUUGAACACUAUGCAAAUGCACCCUUUGUAACCACA